UAGUAGCUAUCCCAUCAUGCAACUUGACUACCAUCCAACUAGCAACACGUUAUCAAAGUUAUUUAAACACUGAGAACUUUGUUUAAGGGUUUACGGGAUCACCUCAUAGCCCAAAGCUGCAGAUAUGAGUUUACCCCCAAAAUCUGGUCGGUUAAGGACUGGCAGUUUCAGACCGACAGGAUCUUCCGCUGGAAGACAGCCAGGUACUGCUACGCGACUGACUACAGCGAUGAACCCAAGUGCAUCUCGAAGUGGUGGUCGUGUCGGGAACCAUUUAAUCUCUGGAGGAGCUCUGAAUGCUCAACUGACAGUUGUUGACCGACCAACCACUCAGCAAGGAUUAGGGACCAUGAAAACUGGCUUUAGAGGUCCACAGAGACAGGUGCAAGAUCGAACCUAUUACCUUGGGUUAAUAAGGGCUGAAACUCUGGCUGCAGAAAUAAGAGAUUUACAAGGAGAACUUGGAGAUUACAACACUUUGGUUGACAAACUAACAACAGAUGAAGACAUACAAGAUGUGAAUUAUGAUUAUAAUGAUCUGAGAGUACAAAAUGAAAAAGAAGUCAAAGACAUCGAACGUCUGUUUGAAGCCACAAAAGAGAAAGAAAAGCAAAUUUCUAAACUCGAGAAGGAACUUUCUGAUGAAAAAGAACUUGCAGAAAGUUUGAUUAAUGAUAUGGAACCAGAAUUGAAGAAGAAAUAUUCCAAAAUGAAAGAUAUUAAUGAGAACUUUGUUGAAGCUAUGGAAAAAAACCAACAAGCCAUUGAUGAACAAAAUUCAAAGGUCCAAAUUUUACAGGAGGAAUUAAUGAAGUCUCCAGCAAGACAAAAAGCUGUGCAAUUGUACAAACGGAAAGAUGAGCUAGAGAUGCAGAAAGAGAGUCUGACAGAGGAACUGAAUUCUAAAGAGAGUCCCGAGACAGAACGGAACCGGCUUCUGAAACAACUGAAGUCAGACAACCAAGAAAUUGCCACUUUUGAACGCCAACUGAAUUCUCUACACAAUGACUAUGAACGACAACAAGACGACCUGCAGCAACUGGAAGCUGACAUUCAAGAAAGCCAGAGCGAAGGCUUCCUGAAAUAUCAAAAGCUCAAGAAAAAAGAAGCUGUUAUUGAUGCUGACUCCACAAUGAAUAAUCAGAAAGAUUUCCUUAUGUUAUUCACAAAAAAAGACAAAAAGUACAGCCAACAAAAAUUUAUACAAAAUUUUGAACAGAAUAAACAACAUGAACAGUCAGCAAUUAACAGAGCCCAGGUGAACAUUGUUAAUUUAUUGGAAAAGAUCAGCCAGAAUAUCAACCGAUCUUCCUUCAAUUUACCUUCCGGGGAUCAAUUAGAAAACAUGAAAGAAAACCUGAACUACAAGGAGGGGGAGUUGAAAAAUUCUGAGAGUACUGUGACAAAUAUAUCGGCUGAAAAUCAGAAACUUCAAGAAGAUCUUCAGAAAGUAGAACUACUUGAGAGUAAAACUCAUCGAGAAAUUUCUAUUUUGAAAGAGAAAAUUGCUAAAAUGGCUGAUGAACUUAUGACAUAUCGAGAUAUGAGGGGUUUGAAAGACAAAUCUGAAUGUAGAAAACAAAAAUUACUCCAAGACAAAGCUGUGCUAAAGAUGAGGACCAACCAACUCCGACAACUGGUAGAAGAACUCAAGGCAGUAUUUAAUCAGCAGACAGCUGAAUUGGCUGAUAAUGAAACUUAUACACAGCUUGGAAAUCUUGAAAAGAAAUGGCAACAGCUUGAACAGAACAACCACACCUUGAAAGAAUAUAUUGGCAGCAAGACAGCAGAGUGUGACUAUGAACCCAUCAAGACGCAGGUGUUCUUCCUUGUGGAUAAAUACAACAGUCAACUACAACAGUUGCUGUCAAACACUGGCAUGUGAAAUAAAAUUUAUUAUCAUUGA